AUGCAAAUCACAAUCUUCCUUGUUGCUUUCUCCUCUCUUCUCACAUGCGUACGUAUCCAUCAUCCUCCCCUCACCCAAUUAAUCUGUCUCCUCCGGUGAUCGAGCAAACUAACAACAGAUCUCCCAUCCCCAGAUCCAGCUAAGGAGCGAGCUGUACUUACUCCUCGAAGCAAAGUGAGUUUUUCCCCUGCCAUUAGCCUCGUUCCAUCAUCCAGAAACCCAUCAAUCAGAGAACAUAAAAAAACAGCAUCAAAGUAUGCACACACUAACCAAACUCCCAGGGCGGACUUACAUGCCUUCCCUCCCCCUCACUUUCAGACAUGCGGCCCGCAAAGGCAGAAAACAUCCAACUCAGAGCCGAUCAAUUGAAGAGCCGCGAUGAGUGUGGUGUAAAUCCAAACUCUUGUAUCCAGGUGGCCUGCAAUAACGGAGAUGGAAUUUAUCUAUGUAACGAUGUACGUAUUCCUUUUAUCCUUUCCAUUCGAGGGGUUAGCUAACGUGGAAAUUAACAAUAGGAUUACUCUCAGGCCAAGUUCAAGUGCAGCGAUGUUGCCGCUUACGCUUUGGAUAUCAAGGAUAACCGUCCAGCUACUGGUGGUGGUGUUGGUGGGCAGGUGUUUGAUACUGAUCGUUGUAAGUCUUGA